AUGGCUCGGCGUUCGCACGGCGGAUCUGGAGGAGGAUGGGGCUCAGGUCAGUCCACCGGUGGCUACGGGCAAACCGGUGGUAACGCAGCUCACAACCCACUUGAGGUCAAGCUGCCGAGGUUCCUCUACUGGCUCGAGAUGAAUGAGGACCAUAUGGAAGAGAACUCGGUGAUCAUGGUGGAUGACCGAGACGCUCGCAUGGUUUCCCCUUUUCAGGGCUGGUUGACCAAGGAGAUCAUGAGCAACUCUGCGAGUUCGAUCAAUGUCCUGACGGAGCGCGACCAGGUGAUGCCGCCCAGCUCGGGGUUCCACCUUACCCUGUUCGGCAACUACACGCUGGACGGGAUCAAAGUCGUGGUGGUGGUGGCGCUCGACACCGAGACGGGCUGCAUGAAUGCAGGGUGGGAUCAACCCACGGCAGAGGCUCUCUCGCAUCCGGCUUUUCAGCCCUUUGCGUGGCCCCUGCUCAGGGAUACCUCAGCAUCCUACACGGACGUGAAGAUCUACAAUGGCAAUGAGGUUCUUUUCCAUUGGAUUUUCAGGGGAUAUCGAUCCGACACCGACUUGACAGUUCAGCAGCAGUUCGUGGACGAAGUUUUGGUUCGAGAAGCCAACCGCGGCAAACCCAGGCUCUCCCUGGUUGUCGCAUCGUUCAUGGGCUGGCGGGUGACCGUGUUUUCGUUCGAAUGCGGAGGCAGGGUCUACUCGGUCGGGCCGAAUGGCGCGGUCGUUGCCACAGACCAUGCGCGCUCGCGCUUCGAGCUCAGAGUGUGCAGCAGGUCGUCCACAGAUGCUCUUGGCAACGAUGCUGAUCGAGUAGAGUUCAGGUUCAGAGAUGCCAACAACCGUAUGGAUCUCAAGUGCCAGAGGACGUCUGUUCCUGGGACUUGGCUCACGGUGUCACACAUCUCGGGGCCGGCUCUCAUUCAGACGAUCACCAACGUGCGGAACUCCCGCGCUCGCGUGGAGGGUCCGGAGCACACAGAACAGUUUGGGCAGCUGGCGGCAGUUCAUCAAUACUGGUGGAACAAUGCGGUCGCAAAGUCCAACCGGGAGAUAGGUUGCAGCACGGACUUCAUCGGUGAUCUCGAGCAGGGCAAUUUCCAUAUCACCUGCACGUCGAAGUUGUGGAUCGCUGCACCGGAAGUGGUCAACAAGACCGCGCUCGCGGAAAUGCAGCACACGGGCGCCGGACGGCUUGCGCCGGUGGGGCCGCCUUCGAUCACCAUGGGGGCUUGGACCAACGCUGCUGAAGAGGUCGGUGCUGAAGCCAGCAGUCGUGGCAGUGGAUCUGGUGUCGUCUCGUCGUCGGUUCAAGCGGACUAUGAGAUGGCACGGCGAUCGCUGAACAAGAACGCUCCGAUCAAUUCGUCCACAGGUCACGUAGAAGAUGAGGCAAGAGAUCAGGCUCGGCUUGAUCGGAGAUAUGCCCGAUCGUCUGCCCAGAUCACGCCGGCCGUUUUCGCAGCACAGAUCUCCAGAAAGGUCUUCGACGAGACAACGGCUACGAUCGAGGAACUACCACCGGGGGAUCUCCCGCUCCCACAUCCAAAGACGCAGGAGGGGCCUGUUCAGACCAAGUCGAUGCCAGUUCCUGUCCCUGAGUCGAAACCAGACCCUGCGCUCGAGCGGGGCGAUCGAAUGGCGGCGGCAGCCAAGAUCCCUGGCAGCGGCGGCGCCCCAGAGAUCCUGGAGGGCCCAGUUGCUGCCAAGAUCCCUGGCGGCCCUGGGCAAGGCAUGGACCGCUCGAUGGCUGCGUUCUUUGCGCUGCCGCUGUUCGGCGAGGGCUUCGUUCAGGCGCUCUGUAGGCUGGGGCUCGGUAAGUGCGAGUUCUGGCUCGCUCUCGAUGAGGGUGUGGGGGCCGACGAGCAGAUCGCUCGGCUGGUCAGCGUGAUGGAUGGGGAGCAGGCCGAUCGGGAUGAGGUGCUCACCAACCUUGACCUCGUGCAGAUCCUGCACGGCAUGGUGUCGAUGGCACGGGCUAAGAUCAUGGCAGAGAUCGCCAACGAUCUAGGCUACGGCGAGGCUGCAAGUUCAGAUCCUGGACGGGCGGCCAGGCCGUGGCCAACGGCGGGGGCUCCAGAUCCCGGGGUCCCGUCUUUCAAAAAGCCCAAGGUCACUGCUGCAACCGACGAGGUCUCGUCCUUGAAAGAAGAGGAGGAGAAAGAGAAGAUCAAAUGGGCCGCAAGGCUGAAGCUGAUCGCCGACAAGGCGGGCUCUGCGGCUCAGAUCAACUCUUCCAUGGGCGGCGAUCUGUCGCAAGAGGAGCAGUCUGAGAUCAAAAGUCUGGUGUUCCGUUCCGGGGCAUUCAGGACUAUCAGGUUGCAUGUGCUCGCAUGGGAGCGCAUGGAGAAGUGGGCCGUUGAUCAUGGCCUGUCGAUUUACCCCCCGUCGACUCAGGUGGUCACCAAGUACUUCUUAGCCCUGCAAGACAGCGGGUGCGGUCCGGCAGUUCUGCCCGGGUUGAGGCAGGCUAUUCGCUGGAUCUGCAAGAGACUGGUCAUGACACCUCCCGACGCGGGUGAUCCGGCAUUGGAGGCGAUCGUCGCCAAGGUCUACGAGGAGAGGGGCAAGGAGCUCAAGGAGGCUGUACCAGUGCCACUCAAGGCGGUCGCCGCCCUUGAGUACCUCGUCAAUGCUCUCAUUUUGGCUGGCAAGAUCCCUGCCGCGAUUUUUGUAUGGUGGAUCCUGAUUUUGAUCUACGCGUCGCUCCGAUGGGAUGAUGGGCGACACGUGGCGCCAUCCUCCCUGACGCUCACUGGGGAUGCACUGGUGGGUUUGGUCUGGCAGACGAAAGUGGAGAGGCGGCGCAAGGGCACACGGUUCGCCGUGCCUAUGUGCAGCCUAGGGGGGGUCACCUGGUUGGAAGAGGGCUGGCACGUUUUUCAACGGUUCAAGAACGACCGGGACUUUUUCAUUUGGGACCUGGUGGAUGAAGGCCAGUUCGACGUUGUGCCGAUCUCUUCCGAGAGAGGUCUCCCUUGGCUCAGAUACUUUUUAGAUCAGGCCGUGACGAUCGCUCUGGAGGACCACGCCGUCGAGUUCGAUGAUGCUGACGUAGUGAGGGCCCAAUGUGCGAGAGUGACGUGCCAUUCGCUGCGCGUUACUUUGUUAGAUGCGGCUGUUCACGCGGGGGCCGACGACAAAGUCAUCGGUCUGCAAGCUAAUUGGAAAGAUCCCAGCCAAUUAGUCUUGAAGUACGCUCGGAGCCGUAAGGAGCUCUCCGUUCGUAUGGUCCAGGAUCUGGCCACUGUGAUUCGCGAAAGCUGGACUCCUGAUCAGGAGAGUUUCGUUGUUGAGGAUGAGCCAGAGGUCGUGGCCCCGGCAGCGCGUGAAUACGUGGCCAAGGCUACGACGCCAUCCAAAGCUCUCGUGGCCUCCGAUUUCAAGUAUCAUAUCAUGGAUACAGUGAUCAACAAGUCGCACACAUUGUGUGGGCGACUUAAGUUGUCGGACGUGGUCUCGUUUGGGCCGGACGCUCAACUUGCUCGCUCGGAGCAUGCCAAGACGGUCGACACCACAGACACUUCUGAUCGAGUGCAGUUCGACACACCUGUCAAGCUUGCCAAGAAGAACAAGAAGAAGCGCAAGCUCGAACGCCUGCAGGACCAGGUCAAGCAGCUCAAAACGGCACACGACAAGCCGCGAUCGCAGGCUGCAGCUGCGGCGCCUUCGAAAGACAAACGGAUCCCCGAAUCCGAAUGGAAGGCCAUUGCUCAAGCCGCUCAGCAAGUCAAAGGCGAAGCUGUUCUCACUCGGGCAGUCCAGGCGGCAGGCGGCUCAGUGCUGCCGCCGAUCGAGCUCAUCCCCAACCAGUUUGUUCCUGUGGCCGUGGAUCUGACUGAUGGUCGUGUGCUCGAACACCUGGAAUUGCUCAUUCGUGAGGGUCGGAUCAACUACAUUCACUUCGGCACGCCAUGCUCUUCUUUUUCCUUGGCCCGCAAAGAUGAUGGCGGGCCGCCGCCGCUGCGCGCUCGACGAGCGCUGUGGGGGCUGCCCAACCUGGCGGCGCGUGACCAAGACAAAGUUCGUCUGGGGAACAAGUUGAUGCAGCUCACCGUCGACUUGGUGGGUUUGGCUCACACAGCUGACGUUUUGUGGUCCAUCGAAAACCCGCUCGGUUCCUACUUGUGGGCUAUGCCACCAGUUCAGCGACUGGCCAAGUUCACCAAUGUCAGCCGCACCGAGUUCGACAUGUGUCGCUUUGGUUCUGCACACCUCAAGCCCACGGCCUUGCUCAGCAACACAUCUUUGCAAGCGUUGGGCAAGCGUUGCGAUCGUGAUCGACGCCCUCAUGUACAUGAUCCUUUGGUUGGGUUCGCCGUUGUUGAAGGCGAAAGAGUGUUCAAGACUCGGCUUGCUCAAGUCUAUCCAUGGCAGCUCUGUGAGGAGUGGGCGCAGAUCAUUUUGGGAGUGAAGAGUGAUCCCCUCUCCGCGACCUUUGCCAUGAAGGUGCCCGCCGCUCACAGGAAACGGCCUGUCGGCCAACCGCUGCCGUGGAAAGACCACAGGCAACGAGAUGCUGGCGAGCGCGCCAUUGCGGCUGGCUACCAGCUCAAAAAGUCAGCUGUUCCACCGUUGUUGCCUUGUGAGUUCGAACCUGGCGAGGCCGUUCGUUUCGCCUUGGAUCUCGCUCAUCCCUUUUCCAUUGCACCCGAUCUUGAACCUGAUCUCCAAGAGGCUUUGUCAUUUGUGGCUCACCAACCGGGUCGGUUACUCGCUCAUCGGCUCAAGGCAGUUGCUCAUUGGGAGGCCCGCGCGAUCGCGCUGCUGCCCGAGACGGAGCGGAUCCUCGCCUCCGUCCAUGACCCAUGGCUGCGCAAGCUGCUGAGGGGUGCACCUGACGAGGAGCCGAUCGCGCUUGGUGCGGUUACUCACAUAGCUUUGUGGCGUGAGAUGGCUCACGCCGCGCUUUCGAUCGAUGCGGCCUUGGUGGACGAGAUGCUCACUGGCAUGACCAUUGGCAAGAUCGACAGUUUAGAUUUUCCAUGGAUAGUCGCACUUUUACAGCAGACGCACGACUUUGUCAUCUUCGUGGCACCACCACGCUGGCCGCCAGACAUUGCUGCAACCGAUUGGCGCAGCUUCGAUCUGGG